UGUGAUACGCACGCGUUCUGCUCGAAUUUUCAGCAAAAAUAAGAAAUAUGUAAAUGCGGCAUUUUAGUGGCAAAAAAAAUUAUUUAAAUCAGCAGUUUUUAAAUUAACAAAGUUUAAAUGAACAAAAAACAAACAAAAUGUGUUUUGAAUAUUGGUGUGGCGAUUUUUUAUAGUUGCGCUUGCAAAUUAAAUUGCGCUAAAUUAAACGAAUAACUGUAUAUAGCUUGACUGCACUCAUAAAACUAACGCUUCCAUAUUUUCAGUUACAAGUGGGCCUUUGGUGGGUUACUCAAGCAAUGAUUGAUAACGCAUAAAAUAUAUAAAUUCUAUCCACAAUUGCUAAGCAUUAUUUGUUGAGCUCAACACACAAACCGAAACGGAAACGGAAGUGUGCACGUGCAGAGGAAGUAAAAAGUUGCCAACAGGAAUUGAAAGAAAAAAAGAUAACAUAGUUCAACACAACGGGUCGUAUGAUUAAUGAAACCUAAAGGAGAGUUUUAAAACUUAAAAAAAAAAGGAAAGGAAAAGUGUGACAAGCAACAAGAAAAGCAAUUACAAUAAUAUGUUCAAAUACGCCGUAUUUAAAGAUGUCUGCAUUAAGGCCGGACACUGUGCCAUCAUCUCAGAUCCCGGAAAGGUUGCGGGCUGAGCCAAUAAAAGUGUGAAAUUCUCGAGAAAUAUGUGGGAGACUUUUUCAAGAAUUCAUGAAAAACUCACGUGAAAAAUAAAUUACAUUUUAAGGAAAUUCCAAAGAAUUUUUAAAUAUGGCGCCACAGUGAAAAAAAAAAAAUAAAGUGCAUAUCAAUACUAAAAUGUCCCUGCUCGGGCGUCAUGAAAUGCUUAUGAAAAAGUGUUGAAAGUGUGUAGAAAAAAAAGAGACGAAUGAUAGUGAAUUCAAAAGUACCCUAACAAACUUCGACAGUGUAUAUAUAGUGUAUUUUUGCUUAUGAAUGCCUAAGACUGGGCAAUAAAAGUUGUACUUACGCAAAAGUCAAAGAGUAAUGGAUAAAUCGAGUAGCGUCAGUCCCAGUGAGUGUCGCGUAACCAGAUCAAGCAUGACGCCAACGCUGCGGCUGCAGCAGAGCCCCAGGCGUCAACAGCAGCAGCAGCAACAAGCACAGCAGCGGGAACAGCAGCAGGAACAACAGUUAAACGAUGAACAGCGACAAAUUAAAGCUAAGUCUCCGCAGCAGCCGCUGUCGACGUCAACGCUGACGCCAACGCCGGCGCAUCAUCAGUUUCGUGCGCCCGCACAACAGCAGCAGCCAACCAAGCACAAGAGCAGCAGCAGCAGCGGCAGCAGCAACAACAACAAUAAUAACAACAACAACGGCAGCGGCAGCAAAGCCUGGAGUAAACGGCAGAACAAGACGAGCGGUAAAUACAACGCCAGCGCCUGCGUCGGCGCCAGCGCGCAGCAGCAGCAUCAUAAUCAUCAUCAUCACCAUCAUCAGUAUCCCCCACAUCAUCAUCCCAAUGGCAGCGGCGUCGCUGCUCAAGCAGCUGCCGGCGCCGGCGUCGGUUCGCUGCCAACUGCCGCCGCAUCGGCAACUGCGGCUGCAGCCGCCGCCCACAAGGCGGAUCUGGAGAACAUACAGAAUAUCAAAAAUCAAAUAGCUGGCGGACCCGCCCAUAGCGGCGCCCAUCAUGGCGGCGGCGGCGGCGGCAUCGGCACACAUCACAGCGUAGCCGGUAGCGCUGCUGGCAUUGGCAGCGCUGCCGGCAGCGGUGGUCAUCAUCAUCACAAUCACAACACGCGGCUCGCACAGACGGCGGCAGCGAUAGUGGGCAAUGGUCUGCCCAUGGCCGUAAUGGACGCCAAGUUGGGGCACGGGCACGGACUGAAGGGCCAGCAGCAGCAGUACAAGAAGAUGCUGACGCACAGAGGUCAUCAUCAUCACGUGCUGUGCGCUGGCAACAAUGCGAAUCAUACGUGCUGCCUCGUCACUGGCUGCAAUGGAAGCGUCGGCGCCGCCGGCAAGGAUACGCAAAGCAAUAAGGACACCAGCUCGCUGAGCGGCAACAGCAGCAUCAUUUCGGGCAGCGCUGCAGCUGCGGCGGCGGCUGCCAACGCCGUGCACUAUUGCUGCGGGCGUUCGAAGUUCUUUUUGUCCGAGAAACGUUUGCGCAAGGAGGUGAUUGUGCCGCCAACGAAAUUUCUGCUCGGCGGCAACAUCUCGGAUCCGCUCAAUCUCAAUUCGCUGCAGCACGAGAACACGUCGAAUGCGUCGUCGAGCAAUAAUACGCCAGCGACGACGCCGCGUCAGUCGCCGAUUACGACGCCGCCGAAAGUGGAGGUGAUUAUACCGCCGAAUAUACACGAUCCGCUGCAUCUGCUCGAUCCGGUCGAUUCGAUGGAAUAUGAGAAGCAGCUGACGUCACCCAUGAAGCGGGGCGGCAUGCUGACGCGUGGCAGCCACUUGAAGCUGCAGCAGCAGCAGCAGCCGCAUCAUCGGCAGCACAGGGCGCGCAAAAAUCGCAAACGGCGGCGUUUCGAUUCCAACAAUACAUCGUAUGCAAGCGACGACGUUGCAGUCGCUGAGGGCGUAGCGGAGGCGUCAACGCUUUCGAUUUCACUGGAAGAUGCGCCAGCCGCAGCAGCAGCUGCAGACGCUACUGCUGUAGCUGGAGCCGUCGUCGGCGCAGCAGCAACAACAAUAGCAGUAGCAGCGGCAGCGGCAGCAAGUGAAGCUGCACUAAUAACAACAACAGCGGCGACGUCGCCUGUAGCUGCACUGAGCGCCACAACGCUGCUGAGCGAAGCGGCAGCGUCGGCUUCAGUUGAAACAACGGAAUUGGCACAACAGCAAGCGCAUGUGCGCUCUCGCUCUCCGCAGGCAGCGGCCACUGCCGUGGAGGAGACAACAACGCCAGCGCUAGCAGCCGGCGCACAAACGCUCUCCCCACUGGAACAAAUGGAAUGCAACGUGGUGCGGCCGGCAGCGACGUUAACGUCAUCACCAUUACAGUCACAACAACAACAGCACCAGCAGCAACAUGUGGCCGUAAUUGCCGAGGCGCUGAGCAGCGACAACAGCAACACGCUAACAGUGCCUGGCGACGGCAGCAGCAGCAGCAGCAGCUCUGUCGAUUUGGGCCUAAGCGCGGUAACAGCCGCUUCGACGUCGGCAGCGGCGCUGGCUGUGGCGUCCACGCUGGCCGAUCGUCGUGCGCUGGCCAGUCGUGAUUUGCGCUUGGAUUUGGACAGCACGUGCUACGGUGUAGGCGGCACGGGUCUGAGCUUUGGCGCUGGCAGCGCAGCCAGCUUUGGCAGCGGCAGCAGGAAACGUAAAAUUAGCGAGAGCAACAAUUCGCAAAAGAGCAAGAAAUUCCAUCGUCACGAUGCCAUGGACAAAAUUGUUAGCCCGGUGGUGCCACAGCCGGGCGCCUGGAAGCGGCCGCCGCGUCUGCUGCAGCCAAGUGGGGCACGCAAGCCGAACACGCGACGUUCAACGUCAUUUAGCGAAACGGAGCAGCUGAGCCCCGUCGAGGAGCUGCCGCCCAAGCCGCUUAUUGAGGUGGUGGACAUACCGCGUGAUGACACGCCUGAUCUAUCGGAGCACGGCCUGGGCAGUCCGCUGAGCACCAUUUCCGCAGCCACUUCGCACACGGCCGGCGAGCCGGAUGCACUUGCCGCGGAUGAGCCGGCAGCAGCAGCAACAGCAACAACAGCAGCAGCAGCAGCAGCAGCGGCAGCGGCAGCGGCACAGCCAGUCGUGGGUCUGAUGCUGGAACCAGCUUUGAUUCCGCCACUGCACAAGGCGCCCAAGUUUCGGGCGGAUGGGCUCAAAUAUCGCUAUGGCAACUUCGAUCGUUAUGUGGAUUUUCGGCAGCUCAACGAAUUUCGGGAUGUGCGUCUGCAGGUGUUCGAGCGGCACGUGGAGCUCUUCCAGAACAAGGACAUACUCGAUAUUGGUUGCAAUGUGGGUCACAUGACCAUCACCGUGGCGCGCCACUUGGCGCCCAAAAGCAUUCUGGGCAUUGACAUUGAUCGCGAGCUAAUUGCCCGAGCGCGACGAAAUCUCUCCAUAUUCGUGCGCAUACCCAAGGAGGAGCUACCGGCGCCGGAGAUUAAACAGGAAGCGGGCGUGCAAGCACAGGCACAGUCUGCGCCCGAUAAACUGGAGCCGAGCGAUGCCAAUGCGCACAAGAAGACGCGGCGCGGCAAGAAGCGACGCAAGGCUCAUCAUCACCAUCACCAUCAUCAUCAUCAUCAGCAUAAUCAUUUGGAUUUGCAGCAGCAACAGAAACUGGAUGCACUGCUGGUCAAGCCGCACGAAUUCUUUCCCAUCUCUUUUCCGCUCACCUAUGGCGGUAUACCCCACCUGCCGGCCACGGGCAAAUCGCCGGCAACGUUCGCUGCCGGCUGUAAAAAUCAAUUUCCGCAAAACGUAUUCUUUCGCCAAACGAACUAUGUGCUUAAGGAUGAGUCCCUCAUGUCCAAUGACACACAGCAAUACGAUCUCAUAUUGUGUCUCUCGGUCACCAAGUGGAUGCAUCUCAAUUUCGGUGAUGCCGGCCUCAAGUUGGCCUUUAAGCGCAUCUUCAAUCAGCUGCGACCCGGCGGCAAGCUAAUACUCGAGGCGCAGAACUGGGCUAGCUAUAAGAAGAAGAAGAACCUGACGCCGGAAAUCUACAAUAAUUAUAAACAAAUCGAAUUCUUUCCCAACAAAUUUCACGAGUAUCUGCUCAGCUCAGAGGUCGGAUUCAGUCACAGCUAUACACUGGGCGUGCCACGUCAUAUGAACAAGGGAUUCUGUCGACCCAUACAGUUGUACGCCAAAGGCGACUAUACGCCGAAUCAUGUGCGCUGGAGCGAUGCGUAUUAUCCGCAGACACCGUACGAGGCAUAUCGCGGCAUCUAUGCCACAUUGCCCGCCCAUCGAACGGGCGGCGGCAGCAGCAGCGCAGGCGGCAGCCACGGCGGCCACGCCCAACUGCAUCUAUUGAGCAGCUCGACGCGUUCACAGAACUACGAUACGCCGCAUUAUGCGGGCAGCGCCUCCGGCUCGGCCAGCUGCCGCCAGACCCCAAUGUAUCAGCAUACGUACAAUCCGCUGGAGACGGACUCCUACCAGCCCAGCUACGACAUGGAGUAUCUCAAUCAUAUGUACGUGUUCGCCUCGCCGCUGUAUCAGACCGUUUGGUCGCCGCCGGCAUCGCUGCGGAAGAGCUCCUCACAUACGCCCGUCUUUGGAAGCGUUCGGGAUGCCGAACUGGAUGGCGAUGGGAGCAUCGGUGGCGGCGGCAGCGGCGGUGGCAGCUAUCAUCGGCACGUGUAUCCGCCGAAUGAUGACACCUGUUCACCGAAUGCGAAUGCAUGCAACGCCUUCAAUUCCAUACGCGACGCGGAUACGGAUGACUCGAAUCAGUUGCCCGGCGGCAGCAGGCGGCAUGUGUAUGCCACAAACUGUGGCGAGAGCAGCUCAUCGCCGCAGGUGAACCAUCACGAGGCGGGCGCCGAGUUUGUCGACGCACUCAUGGACGAUGAGCAGAAGACGUUGGCUGCUGGCAGCGGCGCCGCUUACUGUGAUCUCUCGGAUGCCUAGAGUGGGUGGAAGGACGGACGGACGGCGGGCGAACUUGAAACUAAUUGUGUCAAAAUGCAAAAACUCAAACAAAUUAUAUUAACAAAAUUUAUAAACUAAAGCAGAAAAUAUUCAAAAAAAAAAAAAAGAAACAAAAACUAAGUUAACGAUAUGUUGCGCUGGUUCAUUUGAUUUUAAAUAUAUGUAUAUGGCAUAGA